AUGUCUUACGAAUACGACAGUCGGUACCACCACCGCUCGCGCCAUGACUCCCACUAUACAUCAAGAGAGACGGACCCCUAUGGCUAUGCGAGGAGCGACAAGACUCUAGCGGAGGCGCGCGAGCAGCUGGCAGACAUGCGCCAGAGCAAUCCAUACACAUCGUCCUACACGCCGUCCUACAACACCUACACCUAUGAGCCCCGCACUUCUCCACCCCUGCCACCUCGACGACCCGCGCCGCAUUCGUACAGGUCGCACACGCACGAGCAGACAUGGCCGCCGUCACCCAGCGUCGAAGACGAGGGCGAGGCGCUAGCAAAAGAGGCGCCGUCCUCCGUGGGGUCGCCAGGGCAGGCCGAGGGUGAGCCGCCGAGCAACACGCGGGGCACCGUCGACCAAGACUCCCUGCUCGACGAGAUUGAGCAGCCGAGCGUCGCACAACACGACCGCCGCUAUGUGCUUGUUUCCGAAUCCAGCACUGAUGACGAUGGCAGCACGCUUCGGGACCGGCGCCGGCGCAGCUUUGCUGACCGUGGGGGCAUGUCGCACAUCAACACCGACGUCCCAGACCCUCCCGUCUUUACUGAGCGCGCGAGGGCGCCCUAUGGCUACUCGAAGCCCCAGAAGGAGUCUACCGCGCCCUCGCCUGCAGACUACAUGCGCUCGCCAGAACCCAUUACGCCUUCGAACAGCAGCCAUCCCAGGUCAGAUGCAAGCAGGCCGUCAAGACCGAUGCCAACUGAUAGCCGACACAACUCCUACACGUCGCCAUCAUCCAAGAAGGAAUACGUAUUCGACUCCGACUCCGACUCCGAAGCGCACAGCACGACCCACCUGCGAACCGAACGAAAGCCCGCGCGGUACAGCUUCGUGAAGAGCGAUUUACAAAGGGAGGAUCUGAGGACAAACCUGCGCAAUACACAGGAGAGGCCCGAACCGCGCCGACACGACUCCGGGCAGCGUUUCCUGCCGACGAUACGUAAGGGUGAUUCGUCAGGCUCGUACAAGGAGUACCCCAAGGCUGAGUCGCCGCGGUCGUCUUCGUCUUCGCUCACGCCCGCUGUCCAGACCAAGCUCGCCAUCGUAUCGAGCACCCUCGCCUCAGCUGUCUACCCGACUGCGGGACUCCCCUCCAGGCUCUCGACCAUCGUCCGGCGGUGGCCCUCGGCCAACCUCUCCGCUCGCUUCUUCGUUUCAACCUUCCUCGCCCGGCCGCGUCCGUCUCCUGCAAGGCAAUCGACCGGCGACUCUUUACCAUAUCCCAUCGACGACCAACUCAUCGACGUCUUCAUGCCACCCGAGGAGCAUUAUCAGUUUGAUCAUUCGACCGUCGGUUCGCCGAGACAAAGCUACGUGGACAUCCCGAGAGCGACGUCGCCGUCAAUUCCUAGCUCGCCGUACACGCGAGAUCUACCUUCCCGGGCUAGGAGGCAAGACACUGAGACGUUGGAGGAGCCGGCACGCCCAAGGAGGUCCAGGUCGGGUAGUUUCCGCUCUCACGACGCCCGCCGUGAUAGAUCAUCUCGAAGGACUGCUUCAAUGGACAGAAAACUUCCAGACUGCCCAAGACCUUACAAAUCGGGGCCUUACGAUGAUUGGUACGCGCUCCAAGACAACAAGAACUUCAACAUCUGCCCUAGUUGUUACAACGGUGUCUUCGCCGGUACUCCCUUCGACGUGGACUUCAAACAGAUAUGGCUGAACGACUAUUCGUUGGAGCGGAGCUGUGAUUUCAGCAGCCCAUGGGCACGUCUUGCAUGGCUGUUGACGCUUCAGCGAGGUCGCAAAUCGCUCGAUCUGAUCUCCGCAAUUGCAGGUGUCAUGGACACAGUAGCCAAACCGUGUCCUGGAGACCGUGAGGCUGGUGCAGAAGACCGCAUCAGCUGGUACGGCAUCACAAACCCACGCGACGGUUCCCACGUAGCCAACUUCGCUAUAUGCUCGAGCGAUAGGAGGAUGCUUGAGGCCUUGCUGCCUUCUCUUCGUGGUUGCUUCGCUAAGAUGCCGAAGGACGACAGGCACGUAUGCACCUUACGUACGAGCUCAACCCGCUUCCCAAAGUAUUUGGAUCUGCUCGUCGAGCUAGACGCCGAGGCUGAGUUGUCCGGUCAACUCCCUGAUCUGAGCCGCUUCGUCUUAUUGCUCCGCGAGAAUUCCUACAAAGGCGAGUGCCAAAGGUACAAGAUCUUGUUCCGCAAACCAUGGCACUUCAUCCCUUCGCUACCAGAGUUCACAGUCUGUGAGCAAUGCUACGACGAGCUCAUCUGGCCCGCCACACAGUCCAGAUCCACGUCGUCGUCCAUACCGCACAUGUUCAACAAGUCGAUCCAGCUAGUCCCUGGUGAAGAUCCUGAUGUUGGGUCCAGCUGCUGUCUGUGGAGUCCAAGGAUGCGCGACGUCUGGAAGGAAGCUAUCAGGUACGACGACUUUUCUUACCUGAAGGAAACAGCGAAAGAGAGAAAGAGGGCAGAGUCCAAGUAUAUGAAAAACAGAGUACGCAUUAUGACGUGGAUGGGCGACGCGGAAAAGGGGACUAGGAAGUGGAAGGAAGCUGAGGAUGCGAUGAGGGAGCUAAAAAAGAAGCGCCCCAAGAAGAAGAAAUGCCAACACCCGGCGAACGUCAGACAACCGUCGCCAAACCCCCCCCCCCUUACGCGGGAUCAAUACCGCAUACGCAAGUUGACUAAGGAGAACGCGAGACUCAGAUGGGAAGCCAAGGAAAGGGAUAACAAAAUCUCUUCGCUGGUAGAAUGUCAAGAUGCUUUGAAGGAAGACUUGGCUGCUGAAAAGAAGAAUGCGAAGGCCUACAGAGAGCGGUUGAUAUUCGAGAAGCGGGACGUGGAUGACUUGGAGGCGGAGUUGCGAGAUGCGAGGAGGAAACUGAACAGCCUGCGUGUAUCACUUCUUGAUACUGACGACGAGCGUAAUUGGUCCGACUCGGAGGUGGAUGAACAGAAUGAGGAGUAG